AUGUCCAUUCACGCAAUAUUGUAUCGCAUUGCUGCCAAAAGACUUGGUGGAAUUAUUCCGAGCACGUCAACUGGUGUUCUGAGCUUCCCCUCAGCAACUGUAUGGAAGAAUGUUGAUAAUAGACGCAAUUUUUCUAGUAAUACUUAUUUCGAUGUUGCUGCGGAACUACAGGGUCAUCCUAUCGUUCAGUGGUUCGAGCGAUCGAUAAAGGCAUCAUGCAAUUAUGCGCAAAAUUUAAUUGAAAAUUCUGGCCUAAGUAUUACUCCACUUGAACAUUUAGGCCUGUAUACCUGGUGGAAGCCCUCGUCGUGGUAUCGAGUAUUCUUGGAAUGCCUGCAUACCAACUAUGAGUUAUCCUGGCUUGCUACUAUAAUAUGUGCGACCGUAUUAAUUCGAAUUGCUACGCUUUAUUUGCCGACAUUAAUUUUGUGGAAGAGAAUAAGAUUCGAAAAAGUCCAGCUUCCAUUUCUAUAUCAUAUUCGAAGUAGAGUUGGCUCAAUCAUACUGUAUUCCUCAAGUGUUGGACUCUUCUUGACACAGUACUGUGGUAUCAAGAAGAUGGCUGAAGUUAUUUAUCCGAGCUGGACAGCAAGUGGCACAUUAUCGUUCAUCGAUCUAACAGUACCAGAUCCGGCUUUUUUAUUGCCUACCCUAACUGCCAUUUGUUUCACUUUCGCAAUUAAAAGAUGGAUUGAAACAUUGCAAGUGGAAAAAGCAGUAAGCAGUUGGAUGUUAGGAUUAAAGCCAGAUAAUGCGAUAUAUCCAAUCGCCGCAUGUUCAUUGUUGGUUGCUAGCAAUGUCCCUUCGGUUGUAUGCGUUUAUUGGAUUACUUCGAGUUUAAUUAGUGGCAUGCACGCAACAGUAUUGAGGACUGAUACAGUGCGAACGUUGUUACAUUUGCACAGUGUUUAUUCUGAUCCUUCGGAAAUUCGUCGUGCCGAAUUGCUAAACUAUGUUUCUGAAAUGAGACAAAGAAGAGCAAAUGAAACACUAGAAAUCCAGAAGGAAGUUGCUGAAAUUAAGACAGAAAAUCAGGGAGAAGAACUGUUCAAAUCACUUGUAAAAGAAGCGGAAAACAUCAGACUUGAAAGGGAUUCACUUUUUCGACAGUCCUGGAGAGAAAAUGCUGUUCUUCCAUCUUCAAAGAUUGCUAAAUUAAUGGAGCAACAUAUACAAGAAGCAGCACGAGCAAACGUGGUGACGAAAGCUAGAAAACCAAAGUCGAGAAUGAAAGCUGAUUCCCAGAAGUUUGAAAUUGAUGAAAUUACGGCAAGCUGAAAUGGAAUCUUUUUUAAGUUUACUUCUUCAUCUUAUUAGUUCCUAUUGGAUUCUAAAUAGGCAGGUUUUUUAAUUGGACGAUCGGUG